AUGAGUACACGUGAUACAAAGUUGAGAAACUUGCGUGAUAAGCUCAGUACUCUGUUUGAGUCUUACGACAAAAAAUCCAAGACUAACUCACCUUCUACAGAGCCACGUGAGACGGUUCCACAAAAUGUUUGUGCUGAAGGGUCAAUGGGUAUGUUUGAGAACUACAAUGAUUUCUUUGCGUUUCGCAAAGUCAGCGGCGCUGUGAGUGGAAAAACACCUCUAGAAGCUUAUCUGGAUGAACCACCCUUGGACUUUAAUAGUUUUCGGAGCAUGGACAUUCUCAAGUGGUGGAAAGAUAAUACUCAUAGGUAUGGCGAUUUGUCAGCAAUGGCUUGUGAUUUACUGAGUAUUCCUAUUACAACAGUGGCUUCAGAGUCUUCCUUUAGCAUUGGAUCGCGAGUCCUUAAUAAAUACAGGAGCCGUCUACUUCCGAAAAAUGUGCAAGCUCUGAUCUGUACUAGGAACUGGCUAAAGGGAUAUGAAGCUUAUGAACAUGAUGAAAUUCUUGAUGAAGAAGAGAACCUACCAUCAUUUGAAUCUAUUGUCAAUGGUGGAGAUGAAGAUGAAGAAGAAGUUUGA